ACAAUAUAUUAAACAACUCAAAUGCCGCAGCAUCAUGAAUCCAAUUUGCAGGCUUGCUAUUGAUCAGCCCGAGUGCCAGCAAUGGAUGGAUGAUGUGUUCAAAACAUGCGGUGAGAUCUUCAGCAGGGAAAUGGUUGAAUCCGCCUGGUGGCAGGACGAAACACCCGCCGUAUACAAGGCGGACUUGCAAGCCAUGACCGCCUAUGAUUGUCACAAGCUGAAGCGUGAUCUGCCCAGAGAAGUGGCGGCCACAGAGUCCGAACCAUCGCCUGACGAAGCCUUUCUUUGGUGGCACAAGGUGCUGCUGGUUGUGGCCUAUUUUGUGGUCUUUGGGGCGUUCAUGUUGCUGUAUCGAUGGGUCGAUGCCAAAUGCCGACAUGUGAAGAUUGAUGAGGAACUAGAAGCUAUCGAACCGGAGGAGGCCCCGGAAUCGGAGCCUGAGGAAUCACCAAAGCAGAAGAAAAAGAAGAGGACGGCCAAGAGUUGGUUGCGACGCCAGUGUCGCCACAUGUUUGUCCACAGCGAGGCGGAGUUGCGGCGCCAGAAGGCCAAGCGGGAGAAGGAGGAAAAGGUGCACGAGGAGCACACACAGCGCAAAAUCGAGAAGUGGACACAUGCCCGUGAGCGGGAGGAGCAGAAAAGGCGGGACAGGGAGGAAAGAAAGAGAAGCACCAGAGUCCCGAAGGCCUCAAGCCUUGGAUCUCUUUAAUCUGUGGCCCAAAAUACAAUCGUUUAUA